UUUAAACUGCCGACCGGUGGCCUACAUCUCUUCGCUGUAACGGACUGUCGCUACAACUGCUUUCGCCCUGCAGUUCCAGUUCCACCCUCCCAUCUCCCAACCCCCCUUCUCUACUCAGCCCCUUAUCACCACACAUACGCACAGCAUCAGAGCUUUUCCAACUUACCCACUCUUUAGAUCUCAAGCAGCUUUCCAGGUAUGGGGUCUAAGCUGAGGAUGGAGGUGGGCAACAUGCCCACCACUAACACAGGUGUGAUCCAGGCAGAGAAAGGAGAGACUGACAGAGCCACUAACAACAUGCAGACAGAUGUGUUUGAGCGGGAUAUCCAGCCCUGCCUUGCCGAGGUGCUAGGCUCAGCUCUGUUCAUUUUCGUGGGGUGCCUGUCGGUCAUUGAGAACACGGAGGGCACGGGGAGGCUACAGCCUGCCCUGGCACAUGGUCUUGCACUUGGCAUUGUGAUUGCCAUCCUGGGAGAGAUCAGUGGGGGUCACUUCAAUCCUGCUGUUUCUAUGUCUGUGUUCCUGAUUGGGGGUCUUAACGUCUUUCAGCUUGUAGCCUACAUCCUGGCUCAGCUUUGUGGUGGAAUGAUAGGAGCAGGCCUGGCCAAGGUUAUCACUCCAGAAGAGAACUACGCUAACUCUACAGGGGCAUCAUUCAGCACAGUGAAGCAGGACGCCCAGAUCGGCCCAGCCACACUGGCAGAGAUGGUGAUGACCUUUUUCCUCACCAUUGUCGUGUGUAUGGGAGCAGUCAACAGACACACCCGUAGCCUGCUCGCACCUCUGUGCAUAGGGCUGACUGUGACUGCCGACAUCCUGGCUGGCGGAGCAAUAUCCGGAGCAUGUAUGAACCCUGCCCGGGCGUUUGGCCCCGCUGUGGUGGCUAACUAUUGGAGCUACCACUGGAUCUACUGGGUUGGUCCAAUGUUGGGGGCGAUGCUCACUGGGAGCAUUGUAAGACUGGUGCUGGGUGACAGGAGAAUCCGUGUUCUGUUCAAAUGACAAAAAUAUCCAAUUUAUGUUCAUUUUUCCAUUGUUCACUAUGUACUUUUGUAAAUUUUCAUGUAUUCUCACGUAUUUCUACACAUG